GAGGCCUGGUGUGCUGAGAUUCAUGGGUUCGCAAAGAGUCAGACACGACUGAGCGACUGAACUGAACAAAGCAAUCUACUUUUUUUCCAUCCUAUUUAUUUCAAAACUUGAGUAUUUUCAGAACUCGUCAUAAAACCUAUGUCUAUUGGCAUAACACACUUUAAAUCCAGACUCAUACUUUCAAUUAUUUCUGUCUGUGCACUUUUUCAGUUUCCAUAUGCCACCUGUGUGUGGGUCCAGGUAUUUGAUUAUGUUAUAUGGAUUGAGGGAUACUAGAAAUGUUAUUUCCUUCCCCCCCUGCCAAAUUCCCACCACUCUUCUAGUAUCUUAGACCUAAUAUUAUUCAUUAAGUACUUACUACAUCUUCUAUAAUUAUACAUUUUAUUCUUUAUCAUUUUUAAUUGUAUCAAUAUGAUUAGUAAUUUAGUCCCUUAUACUAAUCUUUAUUCCCUCCCAGAACAUGGGUUAUCAUUGUGUGCAAAUUUUCAAAUCAGUAAACAUCUUAGUAAUUGAUUUUUUGGGUCAUCAGGAAGCAUGCUGCUGCUGCUGCUAAGUUGCUUCAGUCAUGUCCGACUCUGUGCAACCUCAUAGACGGCAGCCCACCAGGCUCCCCGGUCCCUGGGGUUCUCCAGGCAAGAACACUGGAGUGGGUUGCCAUUUCCUUCUCCGCAGGAAGCAUGAGCACAGUAUAAUUCAGGGAACUGGGAAGUUCCAAAACAGGGGGAAAGUCCAAAACAGAGAGGUGAGAGCUUGGAAGACAUUUCAGUGUUUCGCCUGCUGAGUAACUACCCCUCUGUUUAUCUAUAGGUAACCUUCUUCACUUUAAGCUAGAAUCAUGAGACCAACAAUGAAGCUCGCCUAUGCCAGUCCCUGAAUUGUAGUGUCCAGAUAGGGCUAACUAAAGUUAUGACAUUUAGACACUUUUGAAAGUGAAAGGGGCAUUAUAUAGAUUUAUACAAGAAUGCAGACAAACAUAGAGGGUAUCCAGGCAGACUGGGGUCUGUGGUCAGCCUAUCCUCAAAACUGAACAUUCUGGUUCCCAGACAUCAUCUCAUAUUUCUGAAAUUACCAGUAAAAUUUGUAUUUUAACAAACAUUCCAGUUAACUUUUAUCCAACUGAAGUUUUAGAUGCAAUAGCUCUAAUGAUUUGCUUGGGAAAGUAAGUUCUUACUAUUUGACAAGAUGUAACUUAACUACACUACUUUUUAUUCAUUAUUGGAGAUUUAUAUUGGGACAUUUAUGCUAUUUAUUGGUUCAAAAAUGCUCAUUAACAGCAAUAGAAUUUACCUGAUAUCAUUAUCUUGUGUUGAGAUGAUUAAUCAAUGAUAAACUUAUUUUUAGACUCCAGAUAGUAUUGACAGCUCACACUGAACAUUGCUAUUAUGUAUGGAUAGAUGAACUCAUUAAAAUUUUUAUUAUGUUUUGUAAGAAAAGUAACUCUUAAAAUCAGGAUUUGAAUAGACUUUGACACUAGAAUCAUUCUAAAGGCGUAGAGGACCAUAAAAUCAGAAUUUAGCAGCAUGCAUACAUCAGCGAAUUAACUGACCCUCAUUCCUAUAAAUUUUCAUAUUCAUAAAUAUUCUAUUUUCCAGCUCUUAAUAACUGUAAGAGUUCAAAAUUAUUGAUUUCUUUUAAAAAUAAAAACAUAAUCAAAGAAAUUAUCCUUUGGAUCAGACAAAACUCCUAAGUUUUCCUUUUUGGAAAAGGAGAAACUUCAGGUUUUAUCAUUAGUGUAGAUGUAUUAAUUGAGAAUUUCAGUUACUGAAUAUUUGAUUCCAGGAAUUUUGAGAUAAAAUAUUUUUACCACAGCUGAUGAAAAACUAUUGAAACACAAAAUUAUUAGAUAAUGCCAAAAGUCUAUAUUUGGGGUGUUUGAAAAAACAUAAAUAUGACAAGGAUGAAAUUAGUUGUCUCUGAAAGUAGAAAUCAAAGUAUAACAUUAUUUUAUUUUAAAUCACAAUUAAGAUUUUUUGCUCAUGUAAGAUGUAUAUAAAAAACUGAAACUUCCCCCUCUAUAACUAAUUUCUCAAUAUAAGCACUUUUCUGUUCCUUAAAGAUAGGAACACUGCUCAGCCUGUGCAGUAGCAAUAGUAAAGGCUUUAUAGGGUGACACCAUUCUAUAGGUAACAGUUUUUCCCAAAGAGCCAAUUUUGAUCUUGAGCAUUAUGAAUACAAUGUGGCUGCAGUGAGCUGAGAGUAACAGCCAUUUAUGAAACACUCACUCUCCUUAAAGUACUAUCCUAGGCACUUAAUAUAUCAUAAUUCAUGCAACCACCAUAUUAUUAUUAAUCUUCUAUGAAUGUUAUCAAAGUGGAAACUGAGAUGUAGAGGUUAAAUUAUUUUCCUUAAGUCACACAGCUAGUAAGUUGAAGACUAGGAAUAAGAAGAGAGGAAUUUCUGAUGUUGAAGCCUGUGACCUUCUCUCUGCAUUCUAGUGAUGAUUGGCAUUUAGAAGUUGCAAAUACCUCACAGAGAAUUGAUGAUUGAAAUUAAUGUCUGAAUAAGGUUUAUUUAAUAUAAAAAUAAUGAUGAAGAGAGUGAAUUGUGUUAGAAGUUGAAGAGAGUUAAAUUCGUUAUCCAACAAAAUGCUAGUACACUCAGUAUUAUACAAAUACUAAAGUUGUCUUCAAAUUUAACUAAUGACAAUCAUGGUUGGAAGGAAUUAUUUCUGGGUGCUUUUCCAUUAAAGAAAAUCCUGCACUGCAUAUGGACAAUGAUUAUUAUUAUAUACAAAAGAAACAUAAUGUGUCUUUGAAAGUUCAUAAAGAUACGAAUUUGUGAAAAUAGAAUGAAAAGAUAUGAAUGAGUUGUUAAACUCAUGGAAUUGUACUUACACAUUAAGCCACCGGAUGUCGCUGUCUUCCACAAAAAUGGCUUUUCAGAACAGACUCAAUCCUGUUUCUCAAGGACGAGGAAGGAGCUACAUUCGGAGAUCUCCGCCAUUUCGAUAAAAUUGAAUGUAAGAUAUGGAAUAGGAAAAUUCGGAGCGUGUGGGUGUGUUCUAGAUGACCCAGUUAUUGAUUUGUAAAACAGAAGAAGGGUAUGAUGUUGGUCUACAGACCCAGCGGUCUGAGCACCCGGCGCCUGCUUCUCUCCUUUCUGUUUGUUGCAGCCUGGUACGCUGGGAGCGGCCAGGUCCACUACUCGGUCCUGGAGGAGGCUAAACACGGCACUUUCGUGGGUCGCAUCACUCAGGACCUGGGGCUGGAGCUGGCGGAGCUCGUGCCCCGCCUUUUCCGGAUUGCAUCCAAAGGCCGCGGGGACUUUCUGGAGGUAAAUCUGCAGAAUGGCAUUUUGUUUGUGAAUUCUCGGAUCGACCGGGAGGAGCUGUGCGGGAGGAAAGCGGAGUGCAGUAUCCACCUGGAGGUGAUCGUGGACCGGCCGCUGCAGGUGUUCCAUGUGGAGGUGGAGGUGAAGGACAUUAACGACAACCGGCCGGUUUUCUCCACCUCAGAACAAAAGCUCUCAAUUCUGGAAUCUCAACCGCUUGACUCUCGAUUUCCUCUAGAAGGCGCAUCUGAUGCGGAUAUUGGAGAGAACGCAAUGCUUACUUACGGACUCAGUUCAAAUGAGUUUUUCACUCUUGAUAUUAUAAACAAAAAGGACAAAGGCAAAUUACCAGUGCUUGUUUUAAGCAAACUGCUGGAUCGUGAAGAAAACCCUCAGCUUCAGUUGUUAUUAACAGCAACUGAUGGAGGCAAACCUGAACUUACCGGAUCUGUUACUCUGCAGAUCCUGGUGUUAGAUGCUAAUGACAAUGCACCUGUAUUUGACCAAACCGUGUACGAAGUUAAGAUGUAUGAAAAUUCAGCGAACCAAACAUUAGUCAUUUGGCUAAAUGCUUCUGAUGCGGACGAAGGGAUAAACAAGGAAGUAACAUAUUCAUUUAGCUCUUUGGUUCCACCCACCAUAAGAAGGAAAUUUUUAAUUAAUGAAAGAACGGGAGAAGUAAGAAUCAAUGAUGCCAUUGACUUCGAAGAUAGUAACACUUACGAAAUUCAUGUAGAUGUUACAGAUAAAGGAAACCUACCCAUGGUUGGUCACUGCACCGUCCUAGUGGAAAUCCUGGAUGAAAAUGAUAAUUCACCUGAGGUGGUUGUCACUUCUUUGGCUCUCCCGGUACGAGAGGAUGCUCAGGUAGGUACCGUCAUAUCCCUGAUAAGCGUGUCCGACCGUGACUCUGGCGCCAACGGGCAGGUCACCUGCUCACUAACACCUGAAAGCCCCUUCAAACUAGUGUCCACCUUCAAGAAUUACUAUUCGCUCGUGUUGGACAGCGUCUUGGAUCGCGAGAGAGUGGCGAACUAUGAGGUGGUGGUGACUGCGAGAGAUGGGGGCUCGCCUUCAUUGUCGGCCACGGCCAGCGUGUCCGUGGAGGUGGCCGACGUGAACGACAAUGCGCCCGCGUUCCCCCAGCCAGAGUACACGGUGUUUGUGAAGGAGAACAACCCGCCCGGCUGCCACAUCUUCACCGUGUCGGCGCGAGACGCCGACGCUCAGGAGAACGCGCUGGUGUCCUACUCGCUGGUGGAGCGACGGGUGGGCGAGCGCGCGCUGUCGAGCUACGUGUCGGUGCACGCGGAGAGCGGCAAGGUGUACGCGCUGCAGCCGCUGGACCACGAGGAGCUGGAGCUGCUGCAGUUCCAGGUGAGCGCGCGCGACGCGGGCGUGCCUCCCCUGGGCAGCAACGUGACGCUGCAGGUGUUCGUGCUGGACGAGAACGACAACGCGCCCGCGCUGCUGCCGCCCGGGUCUGGCGGAGGACCCAGCGCGCUGAGCCAAGUGGUAUCCAGGUCCGUGGACGCUGGCCACGUGGUGGCGAAGGUGCGCGCGGUGGACGCGGACUCGGGCUACAACGCGUGGCUGUCGUACGAACUGCAGCUGGCGGGGGGUGGCGCACGCAGCCCGUUCCGCGUGGGGCUGUACACCGGCGAGAUCAGCACGAGGCGCGCCCUGGACGAGGCGGACGCGCCGCGCCAGCACCUGCUGGUGCUGGUGAAGGAUCACGGCGAGCCGGCGCUGACGGCCACGGCCACCGUACUGCUGUCUCUGGAGGACAGCGGCCAGGCGCCCAAGACCUCUUCGCGGGCGUUGUCUGGUGCAGCUGGCGCAGAGACGGCGUUAGUGGAUGUGAAUGUGUACCUGAUCAUCGCCAUCUGCGCGGUGUCCAGCCUGUUGGUGCUUACGCUGCUGCUGUACACGGCGCUGCGGUGCUCGGCGCCGCCCAGUGAGGGCGCGUGCGGGCCCGUGAAGCCCAGGCUGGUGUGCUCCAGCGCGGUGGGGAGCUGGUCUUACUGUCAGCAGCAGCAGCAGAGGUGUGCUCCAGCGAGGGGCCGCCCAAGACCGACCUCAUCGCCUUCAGUCCCAGUCUUCCGCCGUGUCCGCAACCAGAGGUGGAAGUGGAAGAACAGUCUAUUGGAGGCGACCACUCUAUCAAGGAUGUCGUUGUUCUCCAAGGAGAGGAUCGUUUUAACGGAAAAAAGUAGAUUAUUCCCGGAACAGAAAGACCCGUCACAGAAAGACCCGUCACUGUUCCGGUGCUUUAAAGACUAUACACACACCCAUAUUGUUAAGAUUAGUUGGGAUAUCAGGACUAAGACUCAAAAGAAAGAUCUCGAAAGGACUACAUAUUUCUACUCAGAAAAUGUGAUUAACUAA